AACAUUUGGAGGCUGAAAAAGACGGUUGUGGAAUUGUCACUGUUGCUGAAAACCAGGAUGAGGACAACUCAGUGACACAGACAUCGAAAAGAUACUCCUCCACACACCCCGGCACAGCUCCCCCACUCAAAUCUCCCCGCACCGACCCCCUCUCACCCACCAUACAGACGCCAGAUGCAAGAGAAGGACAUUCAGAGACAGACAAACAAGAAAUGCAGACAGAAAACAUAGAGGUACCUCCAAGUUCCUCUGUCAGCCCCACUGCACGGAGGAAAUCCUGGAGAAGAGCUACCAUAACCCGACGCUCUCUCCCUGCUCUCCCCAACCCUUAUCAGGUUUUGUGCAGGAGCAUAAGUAAAUCCUUGUCACAGCAAGAGAGGUUGGAGAAAUUGAUGGAGGCUUCAAUGAGGCUGGCAAUUGAACGAACUCAAAAUUCGCUCCAGUCAGUGCCGAACUCCUCACUGGACUGUUUUCAAAAACAAGUUAAACACAUGCAGAAAGAGUGGAGUUAUCUGGCCAAAAGCAUACAAAACGAACCACAUAAUCAACUUGCUGAUAGUGCUGCCAGUUCUUGUGAUCCUGCAGUGCAGAGAGCAAUGGAAAAAGUCCAGAAAGCCAUCAACAGGCUCCAGGCUGAAAGUGAAUCUUGGGAGGCACUGUUGAAGAAACAUCGGAGUAAAGCAGAGGAACUGGAAAGAAAAAUGGAGCGGGGCCAGGAGAGAGGCUUAUCCUUAGACACUGCAUGUGUGGCCCAGUCCACCCAGUACCUUGUCAUACAGAACAAACCCGACUACCAUGGUCUCCUCUGUAGACAACAGCCGAUCCUUCACACUAUAGCAAUGAUUAUGGACACACAAUGUAAGAUGGUUGGAGAGCUUCUGUCCAUCAAGGAGCAGUCACAGUUAUUGGUGAAAGAGACCAGUGGUCGAUUGGCGGCCGAGGCAGGAUUCCAGGAUCUUUCACCUGACCCAAUCAGGAACCUUAUGGCAGUACCUUUAUCCUCUGCAACCACAUAGUCACUUUGGCAGGAGGCAAGCACAAGCUGUCAAUCCUCUGUCAGACAAUAUUUUUUUAUGACUUGUAUAUGAUCUUAGAUGUGUACUCUCUGGUAAUUUUACUGUUAAAUGAACAUAAUUUCUUUGCCCUGUCUUUGCUGUCUUCUUUAUAAACAUAAACUAAACAAACUAAUUUUAUGUUUUCUGUGUCAAAUUAAAACCAUUUCAGUCAUUGGCAGGACUGGCAAUAGAGCUAGUUCAGUUAGUCCAUGUGCUUGACCAGCAGGUGGCAGUGGUUGGCUUUCCAAAAUUGUGACAAGCUUGGUGAAUGGCUAGAGCAGAUUCUUCUGUAAAGCCUGAAUUAAGUGCAUGCUCACCUGUAAAACCUGAAAUUUUUCAAACUAGACUGCCAGCUGUUAUAAAUUAAGGAAUGGCCAAAUGCCUGAGAAAACUUUGGCAACUUCCAGCAAAACAAGAUUAUUGGUUGUUUGUCAACAAAUAAAUACUGAAAAAUUCCCCACCUCUUAGAACUAAAACCUGUUCAAUUAAAAUAAAUAUUCAAAUAUGAUGACUGUAUCAGAAACCAAAACUGAUUUUGUCAAUGAAAUGGACUUGAAAUUUUUAAAAUGUGGGGUGCAUUUGAAGUGACAUUUUUAAGCAGUUUGAUUACUA